UGUACGCUCUUUUUAGAUUGCGGUGUCCGUAUUUAUUCAAACAUGCGGCUAUCUCCAGUGCAUUGUUUAACGGAAUACUCGAACGACGUACGUUAAUAUUGAAAAUGAAGACUUUGAUAGCCCUUUGCUUGAUUGCUUUUGCAGCCACUGUAUAUGGUGAAAACUGUGGAACUGUAAGUGAUUGUGCAGAAACUACUUGUAAUCAAUCGCAUGGCUGGUGGCUCCACUGUACAAAAGGGAUGUGUCUCUGUAGCCACGAUUCUUUUACUGGAGCAGCGUGCACCGAUGGUUCCGUUGCUACUUGCCUCCAGGCUCAUGGUACCCGGUGUCAAGAUAACGGUUUAAACUGGCACUGCGUUGAUGGUGUCUGUCAUUGUAGCAGACAUUAAAAAACCUUUACCUGAAAUUUAUCUGUGUAAAACAAAAAAUAAAACAUGAUAAAACUA